AUGUCCAAGAAAAUUUUCAUGGCUCCCAUUACCGCAGCCACAGCCACCACUUCUGAUGAAAAAAAUAGUAGCUCAUCAUCUUCUGUACGCGAAACAUCGAGCCAAAGUGAUGAUUUUCAAGCAACAAAAGUAAGAAAAUUGAAGGUGGAAACUGCUGUCGCUAUGAACUAUUCCACACUAUCUCAAACUUGCGAUAGAUACGGUAUCGAUAGGGUAUCAGACAGAGUAGCCGCAGCUAUAGCUUCUGUUGUUCUACAUGAAAACAAUAUGCCUAUUAUUUAUAAAAAUAAAUUGAGAAAAGUAGAAACAACAUACUUGAGAAACAGAAUCUUCGUCUAAUACCUGCACUUUAGUUCGACGGUAGAAAAGAUAAAACAUUAAUUACUAAGAAAAAAGGUGGAAAGUUCUAUAAGGAAAUCAUAAUUGAGGAGCACAUUUCACUAAUUAAAGAACCCGAUAGUAUAUAUUUAUGCUAUAUCACUCCCACAGCUGGAACUGCCAAAUUUAUAGAAAAAUAAAUCCAUGAAUUUCUCUUGACUCAAAAAGUAUUUAUAGAUCAAUUGAUG